AUACAGUAGGGCUGCACAAUUAAUCGAAUUUUAAUCACGAUCACGAUUUUGGCUGCCACGAUUAAAUUAAGAUGAUCGUCGGCGAUUUUAACAUUUAAAAAGCGAGCUCUGUUGCAUGUCAAAUCAAGCACUUUCUCAACCAACCACCAGGGGGCGACCGAUAGGUUUGGGCAUCAUUACGCUGCCUAAACCGCAAACGAGCGAGCCCUGCAGGCAGCAACGCCAUUUUCAAAUGAUUUGUGAGAGAGUGAGGCGCAAUGUCGGGGGCAGGAGACACAAGUGCGCUAGCACCGACUGGAGACGAGGAGCCGCUGGUGCCUCGUGAAGCAGCAAAAUCUACUGUGUGGAGUUUUUUUGGAUUCAGGGCAAGUGAUAUUGACCAAAAGGACGUGAUAUGUAAAGAGUGCCACAGAGUUGUUUCCGCGCCAAAAGGCAACACAACCAAUUUAUUUAACCACUUGAAAACACACCACAAACAAAAAUAUGAUGAAUGCAUGAAGGCCAAAGCUAACGCUGGUCCACCAAAUCCCCGUCAGUGUCCAGCGCCAACCCAGACAACCAUUACAGCAACUCUGCACCGGGCGACACCGUAUCCAUCCACCUCUCAAAGACACGCUGAAAUAACGGAUGCAAUAACGUUUUAUUUGGCCAAAGACAUGUGUCCAAUAAGUACUGUAAGUAACAAAGGCUUCAAAAGCAUGGUCAAAAUACUGGACAAGAAAUACGUGAUCCCCUCGCGCAAUUAUUUCUCCAAAGUGGCAUUGCCUGCACUAUAUGAAAAAUGUCGGGAGGAAAUAGAGAGGGAAAUAACAACAGUCGAGUAUUUCGCAACUACGACUGACCUAUGGUCCAGCAGAACAAUGGAGCCGUACAUGUCCCUGACAAUUCACUAUAUUGAUGAUGAUUUUACAAUGAAGAGUCGGUGCUUGCAGACGUCAUUCUUCCCACAAGAUCACACAGGAGAAGCUAUAGCCCAGGGACUGCGGGAAGCACUGGCCUCUUGGAGCCUGCGAGAGGAGAAACAAGUCUGCAUCACCACAGACAAUGGAUCUAACGUCAUCAAGGCAGCUUCUCUAAAUAAAUGGAUGAGGCUCCAGUGCUUUGGCCAUAGGCUCCAUCUAGCAAUUGAGAAUGCAAUGAAAGAUCCUUGCAUUGACCGUGCAGUAGGGAUCUGCAAAAAACUUGUGAGCAGUUUCUCCUACAGCUGGAGGCGUAAAAAGGAGCUAGCACAGGCUCAGAAGGAGCUGAAGCUUCCAGAACAUGGGCUGAAGACAGAAUGCCCCACAAGGUGGGGGUCAAGACAGGCAAUGAUUGAAAGAGUCCUGGAGCAGCAUAAGGCCAUCUCUCAAGUUUUGUCUUCUGACAGAAAGUCCAGACAUCUCCUCCCAUCAUGGCAGGACACUGAGAUCCUCGAAGCCAUCUACAAAUCCCUCCACCCUUUGACUGAGUUUACUGAUGCACUGUCCAGUGAGAAGUAUGUCAGUGUUUCUUUUGUGAAGCCAGUCCUCCACCUCUUCACUUCCUCCAUCCUCAAAGUGAACGAUGAUGAUCCAGAGCUCACAAACACCAUCAAGACAAAAAUCCUAACUUACCUGGAGGAAAAAUACAAGGAUCCCGAGACACAAGACCUGCUCAACCUGGCUUCUGCUUUGGAUCCCCGUUUCAAGCUGCGAUACACAAGUGAGGACAGGGUUGCACCGAUCCAAGCCAGACUUAUGUCUGAGAUGGCUGCAUCUCUGAGCAUGGAGCAGGGCCCAAGUGAUGGUGGGACUGCAGACAGGGCAGAGGAUGAUGCACCCAGCACAUCCAAGAAGAAGAAGACCUUGGGGAGCUUCUUCAAGAUCACUGAGAGAGCCAGACCAACCCAUCCUCCUCAACAAGCUCUAGCCACUGAGCUUCAGUCGUACCUGCAGUGUGCUGACCUGGACAGUGAGGAGAACCCACUGGACUGGUGGAGGGAACAUCAGCGAGUGUACCCACGGCUGUCAAAGCUGGCCAAAAAAUAUUUGGGUAUACCCGCAACAAGUGCCCCUUCUGAGAGGGUUUUCAGCACCGGGGGGAACAUCGUGACUUGCCUUCGGUCUUCGUUAAAGCCUGAGAGUGUUGACAGGCUGGUGUUCCUGGCUAAAAAUCUGUAGGCCUGCUGUAUGGUAGUAGGUUCCAUUUGUGCCUUUCCUGCAACUGUUCGCAACUGUCUGUUUACAAACUGUUUGUUUGCACUUUAUAAUUGCAUUUUGCAAUAGAAUAUUGCUUUCCUUUUGUUUCAAUUUGAAGAGUUGUUUGUUUGAAUAAGAAAGUGCAAUAAAAAGGUAUGUUUUACCUAACAUAAUGAAUAAUCGUGAUUAAUAAUCGUGAUUACAAUAUUUAUAAAAAUAAUCGUGAUUAGCAUUUUGGCCAUAAUCGUGCAGC